AUGGCCCAGAACACUGAGCAAGGAGGGUGGUGGAAAGUGAAGUCACCAGAUACACAAGGGUCAGAUCAGGAAGGAUCUUUGAAACCUGGAAUUUUAAAUUGUUGUAUGGCAUACAAUGUUGGUCUCACAGGAGCAAAAAUAUUUUCUGGUUCUUCAAGUGAACAGUUUGGCUAUGCAGUGCAGCAGCUUAUAAAUCCCAAAGGCAACUGGUUACUGGUUGGUUCACCUUGGAGUGGCUUUCCUGAAAACCGAAUGGGAGAUGUAUAUAAAUGUCCCAUCAAUCCAUCCACUGGGACAUGUGAAAAACUGAAUUUAGAAACUUCAACGAGCAUCCCCAAUGUGACUGAGAUGAAAACCAACAUGAGCCUUGGCUUAACACUCACCAGAAACAUGGGAUCUGGAGGAUUUCUUACUUGUGGUCCCCUGUGGGCCCAGCAGUGUGGAAGUCAGUACUACACAACUGGUGUUUGUUCGGACGUGAGUCCGGACUUCCAGCUCCUGGCCAGCUUCUCACCUGCAGUUCAGACCUGCCCUUCCCUCAUAGAUGUUGUGGUUGUGUGUGAUGAAUCAAACAGUAUUUAUCCCUGGGAUGCAGUAAAGAAUUUUUUGGAAAAAUUUGUAACCAGCCUCGAUAUAGGCCCCACCAAAACACAGGUGGGAUUAAUUCAAUAUGCUAAUAAUGCAAGAGUUGUGUUUAACCUGAACACUUUCAAAACCAAAGCUGAAAUGAUUAAAGCAACAAAACAGACAUAUCAACAUGGUGGUGACCUCACAAAUACAUUUAAAGCAAUUCAAUAUGCAAGAGAUUUCGCGUAUGCACCAGAUGCUGGUGGACGGCGAGGUGCCACCAAGAUAAUGGUGGUGGUAACUGAUGGAGAAUCGCAUGAUGGUUCAUGGUUGAGAACCGUGAUUGACCAAUGUAAUGAUGACAACAUAUUGAGGUUUGGCAUAGCAGUUCUUGGGUACUUAAACAGAAAUGCCCUUGACACUAAAAAUUUAAUAAAAGAAAUCAAAGCAAUUGCCAGUAUUCCAACAGAGAGGUACUUUUUCAAUGUGUCUGAUGAAGCAGCUCUACUUGAAAAGGCUGGAACAUUAGGAGAACAAAUUUUCAGCAUUGAAGGCACUGUUCAAGGGGGAGACAACUUCCAGAUGGAAAUGUCACAAGUGGGAUUCAGUGCAGAUUACUCUCCUCAAAAUAACAUUCUAAUGCUGGGUGCAGUUGGAGCAUAUACCUGGAGUGGGACUGUUGUCCAGAAGACAACUCAUGGACAAUUGAUCUUUCCUAAACAAGCCUUUGACCAAAUUCUGCAAGAUAGAAAUCACAGCUCAUAUUUAGGUUACUCUGUGGCUGCAAUUUCUACUAAAAACGGAGUCCACUUUGUUGCUGGUGCACCUCGAGCAAAUUACACUGGCCAGAUAGUGCAUUACAGUGUCAAUAAGAAUGGCAAUGUCACAAUUAUUCAGUCUCACAGAGGUGAACAGAUUGGGUCCUAUUUUGGGAGUGUGCUGUGUUCAGUUGAUGUGGAUAAAGACGCCAUUACGGAUGUGCUCUUGGUAGGUGCACCAAUGUACAUGAAUGACCUAAAGAAAGAGGAAGGAAGAGUCUACAUAUUUGUUAUCACAAAGGGCAUUUUGGGUGAGCGCAAAUUUCUUGAAGGCCCCAGUGGUGUUGAAAAUGCUCGGUUUGGUUCAGCAAUUGCAGCUCUCUCAGACAUCAACAUGGACGGCUUCAAUGACGUAAUAGUUGGUUCACCUUUGGAAAAUCAGAACUCUGGAGCUGUAUACAUCUACAAUGGUCACAAGGACACCAUUAAUUUGAAAUAUUCCCAGAAAAUCUUGGGGUCUGAUGGGGCCUUUAGGAGCCGUCUCCAGUACUUUGGGAGGUCCUUGGAUGGUUUUGGUGAUUUAAAUGGGGAUUCCAUCACCGAUGUGUCUGUGGGAGCCUUUGGAAAAGUGGUUCAGCUCUGGUCACAGAGUAUCGCUGAUGUAUCUGUAGAUGCUUCGUUCACACCAGAAAAGAUCACUUUGACCAACAAGAAUGCUGAGAUCAGCCUCCAACUCUGCUUCAGUGCCAAGUUCAGACCUACUAACUUAUCCAGUCAAGUGGCCAUCACAUAUAACAUCACAAUUGAUGCAAAUGAAUAUUCAUCCAGAGUAACCUCCAGGGGGUUAUUUAAAGAAAACAAUGAAAGGGGCCUGCAGAAGACUAUGAUAGUAGGUCAAGCCCAGACUUGCUCUGAGUACACCAUCCAUAUACAGGAGCCCUCUGAUGUUGUCAACUCCUUAGAGCUAUGUGUGAACACCAGUCUGGAAAACCCCGGCACUAGCCCUGCCCUUGAAGCCUACUCUGAAAUGGUCAAAGUCUUCCGUAUCCCUUUCUAUAAAGAAUGUGGUGAAGAUGGGGUUUGCAUCUCUGAUCUAGUUCUGGAUGUCCAGCAACAGAAUGCUACUCAAGACCAUCCCUUUAUUGUCAGCAACAAAAAUAAAAGGAUAACAUUUUCAGUAAAGCUGAAAAACAAAAAGGAGAUUGCAUACAACACUGGAAUUGUUGUUGAUUUUUCGGAAAACUUGUUUUUUGCUUCCUGGUCCAUGCCGGUUGAUGGGACUGAAGUAGCAUGCCAGGUGGCUUCCUCUCAGAAGUCUGUUACAUGUGAUGUCGGCUACCCUGCUGUAAAGAAAGAACAACAGGUGAAUUUCAAUAUUAGCUUUGACUUCAAUCUUCAAAACCUUCUGAAUCAAGCCUCCAUCCGUUUCCGAGCCAUAAGUGAAAGCCAUGAAGAAAACGAGGCAGACAAUAUGGUUGACUUCAGAAUUCCUCUCCUCUAUGAUGCUGAAAUUCACAUCACAAGAUCUACCAACAUAAAUUUCUAUGAAGUCUCUUCGAACGGCAGUGUUCCUUCUCUCGUGCACAAUUUUGAAGAUAUUGGUCCAAAAUUCAUCUUCUCUAUUAAGGUAUCAACAGGAAAUGUUCCAGUAAGCAUGGCAUUUGUGAACAUCCACAUCCCUCAAUACACCAAAGAAAAGAAUCCUCUCAUGUACCUGACAGAAGUGCACACAGAUCAGGCAGGUGACAUCAGUUGUGAUGCCACAGAAAAUCCACUGAAGAUAGGACAAACACCUGCUUCUGUAUCUUUCAAGAGUGAAAAUUUUCGGCCCAUAAAUGAAUUGAACUGCAGAACGGCUUCUUGUACUAAUCUUACUUGCUGGCUGAAAGACCUUCAAGUGAAGAAAGAAUACUUCCUUAACGUGUCUACUCGAAUUUGGAAUGGGACCUUUGCAGCAUCCACUUUCCAAACAGUACAGUUGACAGCAGCUGCGGAAAUUGACACCUACAACCCUCAGAUAUACGUGAUCAAAGAAAAUGCUGUCACGAUUCCUAUUACCAUCAUGAAGCCCCAUGAGAAAGCUGAAGUACCAACUGGAGUCAUCGUAGGAAGUAUACUUGCAGGACUCCUUUUGCUAUUAGCUCUGGUUGCAAUUUUAUGGAAGCUCGGCUUCUUCAAAAGAAAAUACGAAAAAAUGGCCAAAAACCCAGAUGAGAUUGACGAGACCACAGAGCUCAAUAGCUAGACACCAGCAGCUGUCACUGCGGUAGGAACUGACAGUGUCACCGCUAGGGUUUAUUAUUUACGUCAAUGGAUUUC